AUGACAACACAGGGCCUUUGCCUUCCCAGGAGAGGCAAAGAGCCAGGUCACUAUCAGCAGGAGACCCCACCAUACUUUCCAUCUCUGCUGGUGCUCGGCCACUGGGGUGGGGGCAGCAGGUGGAGCUGGGCCUGGGCCCAGGUGGACCUGGCCUUGUGGCCCCAGGCAAAGCCUCGACACCAGCUUUGGCCUCCUCUGUGGACACUUGCACCCCUUAGCUGGGACAGCUGCCACCUUGGCACAUGCCUCACCCUUUCCACGAUCCCCAGUAUCCUUGAGGCCAUGUGUCUAGGACACUCAGAAAGUGGAAACACUCUGAAUCUUGCUUCCAUUUUCCCCACCCCCUGA